AAUAAAAAAGAAAAGGAGAAAAUGGUUUCCGAUACGUGUAACUCGAAUUCCGGCGACGGAGGGGCAGAUGCCGAUCUGCCGCGCACUUUCAAGUACUUGUUAGCUACGCAGUUUCUGUCAAGAGGAAUCCCAUUCAUAUUCAAUUCCUGGAUUGUCAGACACCUCUCCGAAGAAGAUUACGCGCUCUAUGCUGUACAGUUCCAUCUGUUCGUUACCUGUGUAUUGUUUCUCAGUAGAGAGGGGUUUCGACGAGCGUGCAUGAGGGCAGAUAUGAAAUGUGAUGGUGAUUCGGGAACAGGAGUAAAUGCAGCUAAACUUUUGAAAGUGGCCUGGAUGACUUUUCCUUUAGGAAUACUAGUUACACUUGCAGCAUGUUUAUUUGUCUUCUGGUGGCAAGGCCUAUGUUAUUCUAGUCCGUAUGCACAAGCUAUCUUGAUUCAUGGUUUUGCAUGCGUACUUGAGCUACUGGCAGAACCGUUUUAUAUAUUAUCCCAGAACUUGGUUCUUCUCAGAUUGCGAUUGGUUGUUGAAACUGCAGCCACUCUUUUCCGCUGCAUAAUAACUUCCAUCCUCAUCCUGAAGCAACCAAGCCUGGAGAAAGCAAUUGUAUUUGCCCUGUCACAGGUUACAUACGGAGCAACUAUUUUCUUAGGUUACUGGGGCUACUUUCUUCUAUUUCGUGUGUAUAGAACUUCUGUUCUAUUUCCAUUCAGGGUCGGAAGUACAAUGGAUCAUAACAGACCGCUUCUGAACAUGUGUGUGAUUUUUACUCUUCAAUCGUUCCGGAAGUUGAUUCUUCAAGAAGGUGAAAAGAUGGUCCUUGUAUGGUUAGAUACACCAUAUAACCAAGCAGUUUAUGGUCUCGUAGAUAAACUUGGGAGCUUAGUGGUGAGGCUCGUUUUUCUUCCAUUUGAAGAAAGUUCCUAUGUUACAUUUGCAAGGUCUGCAUCAGGAGAUCACAAGGACAAAAAGAAGAUCCUGGGAAGGCGUCUGACAGAUGCACUGAAGCUUGUUUUGCUAAUAGGUUUAGUGGUUAUCGCGUUUGGCCCAAGCUAUUCGUAUUCCCUCAUCAGAUUGCUGUAUGGUAGGAAAUGGAGUGACGGAGAAGCUUCGAAAGCACUCCAAUGUUAUUGCCUUUACGUGAUAGUUUUGGCCAUGAAUGGUACAUCCGAGGCAUUUAUGCAUGCAGUUGCAACAGAGAAUCAACUCAAACGGUCGAAUGACUCGUUACUCGUCUUCUCAUUGAUUUACCUAGUCUUGAACGUCUUACUCAUACGAUCAGCAGGCGCAAUUGGAUUAAUAUUAGCAAAUUCUUUGAACAUGUUCUUCAGGAUAGUCUAUUCAGCAAUUUUCAUCAGAAAAUAUUUCAAGGAUUCUUCGUCCUUUUCCUUUAGAGACUGCUUGCCGAAAGGAAGUGAACUUCUACUUAUUUCAGGUGUAGCCACCUUUAUUCUCGAGAGAAUAUAUCUCGACCGAGAGAAUUUCUGGUCAACUUUUACGAUUCACCUCUCUUUUGGUUUGGCGUGUUUCAGUGUCGCGGCUUUUGUAAUCUACAAGAAAGAGAAGCCUUUCAUCAGUAAAAUCAUACGUUUUCGUGAACACGCUGAUUGAAAGCUCCAAUAAAAUAGAACAUACAAGGUUAGUUAGAUGGGCAAAAAUCAUAUUGAUUCUUGUGUAACCUAAACCGAUGAUGACAUUUUCAUUUUUGCUCGAGUAGAUUGUUACCGAUGAACUUGUGUAAGAAAGUUUUGAAAAUGAUGCGAGCCCUUUAAAUUUAUCAUUAAUGUUGGUAUAAAGUUUAACUUCACUCGUGUGUAUACGAAGGCCAAUAUAAUUUAAUUAUUUAUUUGCAUUUUGUA